UUUAACACCUCUAGGUGUUAAAAUCUGGCAAUGACCUUGAUUGCCCUGGGAUGGGGAGGGGGUGCUAUUUCAGAACUUUAUCUUGUCUGUUGAAGAAGUCCUGACUGGGCAGAAAUUUCAUUUCAGGUUUUGAACAUUUUCCUGGACAGUCUGGUCUGCAACUGCCUGUACUGAGGACUGAUGCAUCUGGGCCAGGAGGGUCAUUGUUCCUCAAUAUGGAUUGGAAUAAUUGGUGGAACAGGCCUGGACGAUCCAGAAAUUUUAGAAGGAAGAACUGAAAAAUAUGUGGAUACUCCAUUUGGCAAGCCAUCUGAUGCCUUAAUUUUGGGGAAGAUUAAAAAUGUUGAUUGCGUUCUGCUUGCAAGGCAUGGGAGGCAGCACACCAUCAUGCCUUCAAAAAUCAACUACCAGGCAAACAUCUGGGCUUUGAAGGAAGAAGGUUGUACACAUGUCAUAGUGACCACAGCGUGUGGCUCCUUGAGGGAGGAGAUUCAGCCUGGUGAUAUCGUCAUUAUCGAUCAGUUCAUCGACAGGACCACUAUGAGGCCUCAGACCUUCUAUGAUGGAAGUCAUUCCUGUACCAGAGGAGUGUGCCACAUUCCCAUGGCUGAGCCGUUUUGCCCCAAAACGAGAGAGGUACUCAUCGAGACUGCUAAGAAACUUGGACUCCGGUGUCACUCAAAGGGGACAAUGGUGACAAUUGAAGGACCUCGUUUUAGUUCCCGGGCAGAAAGCCUUGUGUUCCGCACCUGGGGGGCGGAUGUCAUCAACAUGACCACAGUUCCAGAAGUGGUUCUUGCCAAGGAGGCUGGAAUCUGCUAUGCAAGUAUCGCCAUGGCAACAGAUUAUGAUUGCUGGAAGGAGCACGAGGAAGCAGUUUCCGUAGACCGGGUCUUAAAGACCCUGAAAGAAAAUGCCAAUAAAGCCAAAAGUUUACUUCUCACCACCAUUCCUCAGAUAGGGUCCAUGGAAUGGUCAGAAACCCUCCAUAAUCUGAAGAAUAUGGCCCAGUUUUCUGUUUUAUUACCAAGACAUUAAAUAGCAUGGCUGCCCAGAAGAAGGCUUUCUAACUCCAGUUGCUUUGGAAAUUUUUGCUUAACUUCAAAAACAUGGGAAAGACAUGAAGCUUUCAUGCCCUCGCCUGUGGUAAGAAAGACAUGUUGUGUGUAUGAGACACUUCUAAAGGGCCUGAAUGGCUUCAGAAUGCAGAAGAAAAGCCAAUGACCAGUAAAUGUGGGGAAAGUUUUUACAUUUUAGAAAAAAAAACUCCAAGAAGAUACCAUUCUUCUGUCUAUUAAAUUUGCAACAAUAAAAGUUUAUUUAUAGGUGAUAUCCAGUUUGCCAUGUUGCCCAUGGAAUAUGAGGAAGAAAUGGGACUCUGGUUAUUUAUUGAUAUGACUAUAAACUGGUAAAAUAUGUGUGGAGGACAAUGUGGUAAAAUGCAUCAAAUGGCUUAAAAAUACCUAACAUACUUUGUGCUGGGUCAUCCUGGGAAUUUCUCUUUAAAAAUGUAUCAGAUACAAAACAUUUUGUAUGAAGAAGAGUGUAUAAUAGUGUUAUAAUGGCAAGUAUUUAAAAUAAUCCGAGUACUCAACAAUUGGGGAUAAAUUUUAAUUAGUAAUAAUCAGAUAAUGAAUCAGCCAACCCAAGAUUCCUUUUCACAUAAUAUUUCAAUGUCUUAAAGAAAUGGUUGCUCCUGUAAUAUGAAAUGAAAAAAGGAAUAUGUAAAAAUUUUAUAGUACUUGUUUUAAAAUGCUGUGUAAAUGUACAAAAAGACUAGAAGGAAAUAUGUAUAAUCUUGUUAUUGUAUUAGGCAGAAGGUACGAUACUGGAUAAUUUUUAUUUUCUUUAAAUCUGUCAUAUUUUCUGCAUGAAUAUAAGCAAAUAGGAAAGUU